GCCACAUCGAUUCUGUCCGCAUUGGCGAAGGGCGGAGAAGGGCAGAGCAGAGGAAAAGGGAAGACACGCGGAUCGACACCGGGACGAGGACUGAGCGAGUCCAGUCGAGACGAGACGCAAGGGCAAGGGCAAGGGCAAGGGAGGAAGGGAGACGAGAGGCGAGAAGAGUGCGGUGCUGGUGCAAGAACACAGAAGUGCCGUUUGCUCGUACACUGCACCGAACGAGCGAACGGAACCCUGACAAUCGAAGACAAAGGAGCGAGGGAAGGGUUUGAUGAUGCGAGGUGCAGGUGGAGGUGGAAGAGGAGGAGGAGUGAAGAAGUAGAGAGGAAAGAGAGGCUCACUCGCGCGGAAGAAGCAGAGAGGGCUAGAGACGGAGGUUUCUCGUUGAGUGGAGAGGAGUGGAGUGGAGUGGGGAGAGAGAUUUGCUGAUCUCGAGGGAGGGAGGAGAACGCAGAUUGGGAUACGAGGAGACGAGAACGAGCAUGAGGAGGACGAGAGUGGCAAGGGUGUGGAUUGGAGGAAUUGGAUGUGAUUGUCAAAGUGGCGGAUGCUGCUGCAUCUCUUGAGUUGAUCGCGGAGAGUAGCCGGGUUUCUUGGUAGCUUGUAGCGGGAAAUUGGCUCCGGUGUUUGGUGCCGCUCUCAGUCUUGAGGACGUGAGGAGGAGGAGGAGGAGGAGGAGGAGGAGAUAUGCGCCAGCGGAGGAUACCCUCGGCGUCAAUUGUCAAGUUGAAAUUUCAGGAAAUCCGAGCAUCGCAAUACGAUAUCGAGGAUUUCUGCUUGUUGAAAAGCUUGGACUAUCGCUUUCGAAUGCCAGGAUUUGGAGAAUCGGUCGACGCAUGAGGGGUUGCCUUGCGAGAGGAUUGGUUCUAGUCAACUAAGUUUCGCCACUCCACUUUAGGUCGCUCCGUAGAAUGAAACGACCAACGGAUCAUCGUGUGAGUUUUAUCCUCUCUCAGUUGUGAGUUAUCAUAAUCAUGGAGGGUCACGAGGCUGGAUGGGAAGGUGUGCAGAGGCAAGGGCAAGUCAUAGGUGACUUUCUGAAUGCGUUCGGUCAGGGUUUAGGCGGAAUGUUCCACGAUCAUAUGAGACCCGCGACAGCUCAAAUUUCCAGAGUUUACUGUGACGGACAAUCUGCCUCACGGUGGUCUUGGCCGUGGCCGAACGCGAGGAACUUAGGGAUAAACAGCAGUCCUGCGAGAUUGAAACAUGAUAAGAAAACGUGGCAACCUGUGCCCAAGAGGAUGAUCUCGACGCCUGAUUUUGCCAUUCAUACCAUCGGAACUCGAGUCGGGCAGGCCGGUGCUGAGAUAGGAGCAUGCUUGGAGCAGACACAAAACCUGGCAAUUCAUGCUCUUGGAAGCCGAGUUGGGCAAGCAGGGGCCGAGUUAGGCGCAUGCUUGGAGCAAACACAACUCUUUGCGAUGAACACAGUGGGGAGUCGAGUAGGGCAGGCGGGAGCAGAUUUGGGAGCAUGUCUGGAGCAGCUCGCAGGAAACGUUUUGCAACAUCUACCUUGGCCGUUUUAUCGCACUCCCAGCUUAACCCUGAGUAUGUCCGGGCCGUCUUCUUACACAGGAUCCGUGGACUGCGUUCGGCCAGCCAUCGCUGAUUCGUCGAAAGUGGAAGGAGGCAGUGCAGAACGCAACUUUUUGUGGGUCUCAUCAACAUCAACCUCCAGCUCGAAGUCUCCCAAGUAUGCGAACGGUCCGAACGGGCAGUUAUCCCAUACCACAGACGACGAGCUGGAUUCUAUAAUUUCGGGAAGUCCGCUCCACAAACGGAGCAGUGUGGUCGUGACAACCACUUAUGACAGCCAGACCCAGGAAAUUGAGAGUUCCCUAGUGGCUAGAGGUGACCUCUGGCGAGUGGAGGCGUCUCACGGGGGGCCUUCGACGCCUGGUAGUGGUAACGCCCCGCUUUUUCUUCUCCAGCUUGGGCCGGUUCUGUUCGUGAGGGAUACAACAAUCCUAGUUCCCGUGCACCUCUCCAAGCAGCAUCUUUUGUGGUAUGGGUUUGAUAGGAAGAACGGAUUGCACUCUCUCUGUCCUGCUGUGUGGUCAAAGCACCGGAGAUGGCUGUCAAUGUCGAUGAUCUCGCUCAAUCCCAUUUCUUGCUCAUUUUUGGAUCUGCAGUUUCCAAAUGGUCAGUUGACGUAUGUAGCAGGAGAGGGUGUGACCGGCAGCGCUUUCUUGCCUGCUUUUGGGGGUCUUCUGCAAGCUCAGGGCAGGCUUCCGGGCAAUACAAAGAUCAGUUACUUCUACAAGAAUAUGUGGGGGACACGGUUUUCUCCGGGUAUUCAGCUCCCUGAUAAGUCAGUUUCUUUGGGAAUCUUGCAACCAUUGGCCUGGCAACGAGUGGGUCUGAUGCUUCGUCCCGCUAUUCAGAUGAGUCUGACCCCAACCUGGGGAGGCCGUGAUACGGGAUGCAAAGCAGAGGUGAUAUAUUCACCUCAGGAGAAACUGAGCUGGGGUUGCGGUUGUUCCAUGACAAAUGAACCUCGUGCCUUCGCAAAUGUAUCUCUGGGAAGGUCUAAGAGCAACGGAGAGCAUACCGGAAGGUCUGGGCUAGUUUUCCAGGUCGAAGCACCAGUUGAAAAUGUUAGAAGGGCUUCAUUCACCGUCCAGCUGAAUAGUGGUGUGGAGUUCUGAGGCUUAAGGGUGGCUUGUACAGAUUAUCUUCCCAGCCGAAUAGCCUUGUAGUAUAAUGGUCUGCAUUACCUAGAAUAGACACGGUUGUGAGUAUCCUCUUGCUCUGUGUCAGUAUCCUCUACUGCUAACGACGAUAUCGAGUGCAGUCCACUGAAUGGAAUUGACAUGCCACCUUCUCAUGUCCUUCCCUUCAUGAAUCUGUGCUCACCCACCUUUUAGUUUAUGUCAAUGUAGAUUUGUUACCCUUAGUCCUACAGAAACCUGCUUACGCAUGUGGCUACAGUCUGUUUGUUUUUGAAGCACGGAGGAGUAAACCUCCACCCCCACCACUGCAUAGAAGAUACGUGAUUGAUGAUACUUCAGGUUCUCCGAGUUUGGACUCGGGUGUGACAAACCCAAAAGCUUAUUUCGUUAAAGGGAAACAUCAGUGAAUUUACUA